AUGCAGUGUAUCUGGACCCUAUCCCUGCUUCAGCUAGUUGCCCUGUGGGCCAACGCAGCAGUGGUCACUGAAAAUGGCCUCCCCAUCCUCUGGGACCAGGCACCCAGCCAGCUGUCGGAACUGCCUCAGGUGGACAACGUGGUCACAAUCAACCCCUGGAACUACCUGCAGAGGAUGAGUCUGUAUAGGAUACUGGUGGGAUCCACAGACAAGUACAUGGCCUCCAUGGGAACCAAUGAGACUGACAGCCCGUUCUGGGGCCUGCCUCUGCAGCUGGGCUGGAAACUCAGAUCAGGUAUGUUGGGCAAUCAUUAAGUAGCUUUGGAGAGUCAAAUACAGUGGUCUGAAAUUACUGACACCUUUGAUAAAGAUGAGCAAUAAUGACUGUAUAAAAUAAAUAAUUCCAAUACUGAGCUAUAUUGUAUGCUCAAAAAAAUUGGGAAAUUAUAUUAUUUAAUACUAAUGCAAUUGCGCAAAGAAAGAUAUGUUGUUUAACAACUAAUAUUUUUUUUAUCUCAAAAAGAUAUGGGUCAAAAUUACUGACACCCCUAAAGAUUCUUGUAAAUAAAGUAGUCUGAAUUUUAGUAUUUGGGUCAAAGAUCAUACGCCCAAGACAUAUGGAGGACUAAAAGUGCCACAAUUAAAUAAAUAAAUACACCAUUAAAUAAUUACUUAAAUGUGUCAUUAAUUAAUUAAAAUUAGAAUUAAAUACAUAAAUGUGUUAUUAAAUGUGUCAUUAAUUAAUUCAAAUACCGAUUCAUUUUAUGUAAAAUACAUAUAUAAUAAUUUCACUAUUUACAUUUACAUUUCAUGGUCCUGCGUUGGAGUGCUUCCUGAAUUACUUAAAACUGUCAAACUGACCCAUCAAAAGUUGGUAGGCGGAACCUAACGCCUGAUUGGUUACCCUCUGCAUCAAGCCAAGACAAAUCAAUUCCGGAUAAUGUCAGCAGGUCCUGCUUCUACAUCAUCUGCUAAGUUUAAAAUGUCUCUAACCAACUCCCUGGAAAGUUCACGGAGAUCCUCCAUUGUCUCUAUCCAGGUUGGCCUACUCUACUUCAGACCAAAGCAAUGGAUCAGACUAGAUUCGCGUUAGCCCCGCCCACUGACUUUGAUGGGUCAGUUUGACAGUUUUAAGUAAUUCAUGAAUCACUGCAAUGCAGGAUCAUGAAAUGUAAAUGUAAAUAGUGAAAUAAUUAUAUAUGUAUUUUACAUAAAAUGAAUCGGUAUUUGAAUUAAUUAAUGAUACAUUUAAUUACACAUUUAUGUAUUUAAUUAUAAUUUGAAUUAAUUAAUGACACAUUUAAGUAAUUAUUUAAUGGUGUAUUUAUUUAUUUAAUUGUGGCACUUUUAGUCCUCCAUAAAGACAUGCUAACCUCCCCUGUUAUUGGUAAUGGUGAGAAAUCAUCAUGUCUUGGGGUAUGAUCUUUGUGCCUCUGUAACUUUCUCACUCAUCAUUAUUCACGAUUCAUUCAGGAUUAUCCAUUAUCAUGGUAGCAUCCACAUGUAGAAAUGUUCAGAAACAUAUUAUAUUCUUAUUUUGGAGUCACUUUUAUUAGAAAUGACAAUACAUUAUUUACCAUUCAUUUCUCAGCAUUUUAAUUAUUUAUUUUAUACAGUCAUUAUUGCUCAUCUUUAUCAAGGGUGUCAAUAAUUUCGGACCCCACUGUACAUGUACAAUGUUUUGUGAACACUAUAUGCACAUUCUUUUUGUGAUGCGUACACCAAUCAUGUUGACUUUGUUCUGGGGCAGGAGUGAAUACGUUUCUCAAAGGUUUUCAUGUGGAAAUAAAAAGCAAAAGUGAUGUGACCGGAUGCGCUUCUGUUCCUAUAGGGCGGUUGGUUGACCCCACUGGCGCUACAACAUGUGGAGAGGAAGGAGAUCCCAUGUGCAUUUCCACUAAUAGCUGGUGGGCAUGUAAGUACUGUUACACAUAUUCAACCAUGCAGGCCAUGUGUGUGGCCCUACAUGUGCAGUUAAAGGUCCAAUGCAGCCAUUUUAUAUCAAUAUCAAAUCAUUUCUGGGUAACAAUUAAGUACCUUACUGUAAUAGUUUUCCAUUAAAAUUGUCAAAAACAAACAAAAAUUGCUUUUUAGCAAAAACAGUUGCUAGGACUGCCUAGGAGUGGUCUGAGUAAAACUAAAAACUAGCUGUUAUUGGCAGAGAGGUUUGGAACUCUCUUUGCUAUUGGUCUAUUAACUAAUUUACCGCCUGGUGAUGUUACUAUGAAAAGCCGACACUCCCACACAUGCAAAGGUCCUACGUAGAUUGUAUUUUCAACCAGCAACUAUCAGGAAAUAACACUUUUUAUUCACACCUUUACAGUGUUAGUUUUAUCAGCUAUCGUACAAUAUAAUACAAAAAAAUAUAAAAAAUCUCACUCCACUGGGCCUUUGACAUUCACAGCUUGUCAAUAAAAUACCAUUAGUAACCUCUCUCUCUCGCUCGCCCUCUCUCUCUCUCUCUGUGUCUCUGUCCGUCUCUCUCUCUCUCUCUCUCUCUCUGUGUCUCUGUCCGUCUCUCUCUCUCUCUCUCUCUCUCUCUCUCUCUCUCUCUCUCUCUCUCUCUCUCUCUCUCUCUCUCUCUCUCUCUCUCUCUCUGUGUCUCUGUCCGUCUCUCUCUCUCUCUCUCUCUCUCCAGGUGUGAACUACUACCUCUCAGUGAUCCCGUUCCUGGCUGCUGUGCAUAAAGGUGUGAUUGGAGAUGGUCUCAUUCAGGUCCAGGUCCAGGCACCAGCUGAGGCAGCAGACUACUGCACCUCCUACACAGACUGCUCUACUAAGUACCCAGGCCUUAUGGCCAAGUGGGAAGAAUUCUUCCAGGUAUUUAAUAAGCUUCUACUUUCCUUUUCCCCAUAGGAGGCAUUUUCCUUCUUGCCAUAGUUCCUUUAGUUGUGUAAGUCACUAUUCAUAUGUGACUGAUUGCAUAGAAUUACUUGUUGUUCUUGGUUUUUAAUAUGCUACCAUUCCAUUCUAGACUCUGAAAGACGUGAGUGCAUCUGAAAUUUCUGACUUUGAGAAAAGGGACCAGAUUCUGGGUGUCUAUUGGGCAGGUCAACAGCUCUCUUUGAAUUCUGCCUCAACCAGCUGCAAGGGAAAGUGAGUAUUAACAUACAGUAUCAUUCUGCAGGUCAUCACCAUUUGUCAAUGCACUGUUUUUCUUCCUUCAUUGUUGGAACUCUGACACCUCAUUUUCAGUUUCAUUUAAACAUAUGACUCUCAGUUCAAACUGUAUGCUCUGUCCUCCAAACAGCUUUUGCCUCAAUAUAACAAAAUAAAAACAUUAUUGGAUGCAAUCACUUUGAGUCACAAUUGAGUCCUUACUGUAUGUCCAAAUUGAACCUUUGAACUUUAUAGGAUGAGCUACUAUUCCAGCCCAGAGGUUUCAUUCGCCAACAACUGGAUGAACUCUGCAGACUACGUAGCAGCGACAUACUUCCAGUCCAACCUGAAUAACUCUGUGCUGUUCAUGAGCCCUCUGCCCAGCAGGGUGCUUCAGGAGGGGGAUAGCGCCCCUAACAUUGCUGACCUCAGCACGGAGGAGAACCACACCCUCUAUAUCUUCGGCUGGAUGACCAGAAUGAACAGGAUUCUGAGUGAGUACUUUUACUUUUAGUCCCCCAAGACAAAUAUUCAGAAAAUAUAAUGAUAUUUUGAGAUGGUAGACAGACGCCAGUCUGGAGAGCUACCAUCCUGUAGGUUUUUAUUCCAACACUAAUCUAGCGCACUUCAUUCUAAUAAUUAGCUGGUUGAUAAGCUGAAUCAGGUUAGUUACAAAUGGGGUUGGAGCAAAAACCUACAGGAGGGUAGUUCCCCGGGAACAGGGUUGGAGAACCCUGAUGUAGUCUGUAGUCUCCCUCUAGUGGGGAAAUGUAUGAAGUGCAUUAGUACCAUCUCAGUUGCAGCAAGUUACGCCACAUCCUUACACAUUUUCCUGUUGUUUUCCUUAUGACAGUGGGUUCUCUGGUGAGGAUGUGGCGCUCGGCCAUGUGCUCUGACAAGGCUCGGGAGAAGGGCCGGGAGCUCCUACAGGAUCUGGUCCAUGAUCCUAAGUUCGCUGCUUCCACCUUCGUCUCCAUUCUCAAAGAGAUGAUACGCAGCUGCUGA